AUGUGCUAUCAAUUUGACAACUCAGCAAAAACCACGUCUUUCGUCGACGCCUUCACCUCUACCACCAGAGACCAACUGCCACAACACGAUUCCGUGCUUACGCCACCACCAAAAUCCACGCCACCAGGGGCUAUCGCGAAGAUGGCCCCCUAUCGAUUCAUCAUGCGCCCGAUUCCGGUCGAACACGAGGCCCAGGUCCGAAAGAAGACCUCAGCUGUCGUGAAGCAGUACCGCAGAUACGGGAAGCGGAAUCAAGGCAAGAGAGACAGGCACGGCCGUCUGAACGACCCCGAAGUCCUCCAGACCUUGCAUGAGUUCGUCCUUAGAGACUUCCAUUCCCACAGCCACGAUUCUCCCGAAGCUACGGGGAGCGUCCUCGCACACGAUCAUCAAACGCGCCCUCUCGAGCUUCUCAAAUCCCGAUAUGGCCUCCCAACGCUGUAUCAGCAGCCGGGCCCGGACCGUGAACGCUACCUAGCCACCGGCCCAUUCGUUGACAUCUACUUCAAAGACCAACGCAUCAUCCAAAAGGUCUCCUUCGACAUGCUCCUCGCCUUCGAACCUUCCGCCCCGUUCUUCUCGCUGCUGAGGAAGUCGGGCGCAAACGCAGACAGCUCUACCCCCUACGUCUUCGCUCUGAUAUCCAAGCUAAGCUACCUGCCGGUCACGGUCCUCAUCGUCGUUGGCUGGAUGGAGUACGAGUGCCUGUGCGGUCCUACUACGCAUAGCGGAGGAUGCAAGGCCUUCAUCGAGAGCAUCAACCCUACGGGAUGCGUCCUGCUCGCGUACCGGCUGUAUCGCACAUUCCAGGUCUUAGGGUUCGAUACCCAGGCCAAGACGAUAGAGGAGGGAUUCGAGGCAUGGAUAGCGGAUAAGCGGGUACUGCGCAAGUAUGCGAAACUAGUUUGGGUGGAGGAGAGGCGGAACCCGAGCUCGAGAUUCGUCCGAGGCGUGGCGAAGUGCCUUGCGCGGACGGCGUACCGGGAGGCAGAUGAGGGGCUUGGAGUUGACCUCCCGAUCGAUUUUGGGCGGAACUACCAUGUUGCUGCGAUGUUGAAUGAGAAGGGGAAUGAGGCGCUGAAAGCAUUGGUUGUGGAGUCGAAUCCGGCGCUGUUGGGGGGGUCAGGGCAGGGCAGGCUUGAGGAGCGGCAUGGGGGGACUGGGUUUGAUCAGGGGGAUGAGGGGGAGGCUUGGCCACAGCGGUUGGUUCAGCUCGGGCGCCGGAAUUGGAGACUGGCGGCACCAGAGGCACUUCGAGGGCCACGGAGGGUAAAGCCAGACUUGCGGAAGACGCUUCUGAAGGUUCGCGUUCGGGAUUGGCCUCGUCGCAUUCUGAAGAGUCUUGAUUUGAAAGUGGAGAGGGCACCUCGGAUGGAAUAAAGCCUAACCAUGGUGGAGAUCCCCUAACGGCGUUGAGCACGUGUAAAAUAG